AUGUCGGGUCAGGACGGCGAAACUUACACGAGUGGUGCGUCUAUGUCGAGCAAGACAGAGAACAUCGAGAAUGUCACCAGGUCCCUUGAGUGCCAUCGCAUGAUUCUGCAUCAGAGCGCCGAAACUCUCGACCAAUUUCCCGCAUUAAGAGAUGAGAUAAAGAAAGUCUACGAUGCUGAUCGACAUUCUGAGAUGAAAGACCAGUCUGCGAAACAGCUCAUCAUGGACAUGGAGGAAGAUUAUCCCAAACCCGAGAAUCAAGUCUGGACCAAGUCAAAAUUGGAACAGUACCUGCCGGCACAUCGGAGCGUUCCGACAACGAAACGCAAUGCAGAGGAUGAGAUCAAGUAUAUUGCUGCUUGGUUCAAGGAUGAUGGCCUCAAGAUGGUGCCAGAAACAAAAUGGGUCACCGGCUGCCUCCCCAAAAACCCAGACUAUGACAGUUCACUUGGGAUCAAAGAUCCCAAACCAGAUUUCACCUUUGGUCUGGAGCCAAGGAAGCCUAUCAAUAUGACGUCGUUGCCCACCAAGCAAGUCGAAUUACUUAUGAAUAUCUGCAGAGGUAUCGACCACCCUUUUAUGGUGAUUGAGAAUAAAGGCGCUGAGGAAUCUUUCGCAUGGGCUGCAAUCCAGGCAUUACGGGAUGGUACAGCUAUGGAGAAUGCGCAAUUGGAACUAGAGCGACUCGCAGGCGAAGAACACAAAGUUGGUGCACUGAAAUCAUUUGUCUUCUCUUGCGCCUGGGAUGUCGACAUCGCAAGAUUCUAUGUGCAUUGGAUUGAGAAGCCGGCAACUGGCCGCCUAAUUUUCCACAUGAAUAAAUUAGGAACCUUUAAUAUGGAUGAAAAGCACAAGCUCAAAGAGUUUCGCCGACAUGGACACAACAUCAUGGACUGGGGUGUGAGUGAGGCAGACAAUGGGCACAAGAAGCGCUGCCGCGACCUUGAGGCAAAGGCGACAGCGACAGAGAAGAGCAAACAGACCACCAACACGCCAAGUAAGGGAUCCAAGGCCUCAAAGCCACCAUCGACACCAAAGACGCCAAGAAAUCAGAAGUCAUAG